UAAUUGGGUAAAAUCUGUUUGAGCGGAAAGACGAUAUGAGGAAUAGUUACAAUAGAAAGAACAGAACAGAAGAGACUGGCAGUUCCUCACGGAGCCUCCAGAAAAGCCCCUACUGGACCGAGUAGUGAGAAGUUAUUUGCCUGCGAUUGAAAGGAAUACAUGGUUGGACAGAGAAAUAAAGAUGAAUACUGCAGACUGGCUCCUUUUUCUGUUAUGUGGAGUUACCAUGUUGCAGUUCAUCACCUGCUACAGUGACGGAAGUUUAUUGGAGGAUGAAUGUUCAGGAAUGAACAUCAAUCAUGUGGAUGAAAAUGAUGUACAAAUAUCACCACAAACCUCUGAAACCCCUUUCAAGGUCAUACCAGAAGUUCAAACCUUCAAGAAUUCUGAAGUGGAUACCACCAUUACUGUGUCACUUACGACUAUCAAUUCUCCAUUUACUGGUUUUCUGUUGGAGGCCCGUAAGUGUGAUAGCUGUCCGCCUGCUGGCACUUUUAUUUUGACUGACUCGAGCAGCAGCACACUCCUGAGUUGUGAUGGUCAAUCUGGCAGGGCUGUGAGCCACACUAAUAAUCUAGAUAAAACAUCCAUCACAGUGCAAUGGAAAGUUCCUGAGAAUGGAACAUUCUACUUCAGAGCUGCAUUCACUGAGGACUACUUCACGUUUUGGCAAAGAAAGCCAAUCAUACUUCCGACAACUGCACCUACCACUGUGGCCACCACUGUAAAAGCCACUACAAGCCGAACAGUCACAUCAACAUUGCCUCUACCAUCAAAUACAAACUCCACUCCAGUCACACCAACAUUGCAUCUACCAUCAAAUACAAACUCCACUCCAGUCACACCAACAUUGCUUCUACCAUCAAAUACAAACUCCACUCCAGUCACACCAACAUUGCCUCUACCAUCAAAUACAAACUCCACUCCAGUCACACCAACAUUGCCUCUGCCAUCAAAUACAAACUCCACUCCAGUCACACCAACAUUGCCUCUACCAUCAAAUACAAACUCCACUCCAGUCACAUCAACAUUGCCUCUACCAUCAAAUACAAACUCCACUCCAGUCACACCAACAUUGCAUCUACCAUCAAAUACAAACUCCACUCCAGUCACACCAACAUUGCUUCUACCAUCAAAUACAAACUCCACUCCAGUCACACCAACAUUGCCUCUACCAUCAAAUACAAACUCCACUCCAGUCACACCAACAUUGCCUCUGCCAUCAAAUACAAACUCCACUCCAGUCACACCAACAUUGCCUCUACCAUCAAAUACAAACUCCACUCCAGUCACACCAACAUUGCCUCUACCAUCAAAUACAAACUCCACUCCAGUCACACCAACAUUGCCUCUACCAUCAAAUACAAACUCCACUCCAGUCACACCAACAUUGCCUCUACCAUCAAAUACAAACUCCACUCCAGUCACACCAACAUUGCGUCUACCAUCAAAUACAAACUCCACUCCAGUCACACCAACAUUGCUUCUACCAUCAAAUACAAACUCCACUCCAGUCACACCAACAUUGCCUCUACCAUCAAAUACAAACUCCACUCCAGUCACACCAACAUUGCCUCUACCAUCAAAUACAAACUCCACUCCAGCAUUUCCUGCAACCUCAAAUACAAACUCCACCCAAGUUCUACCAACAUUGCCUUCUCAGUGUGGGGAUUAUGUGAGAUGUGUUUUAGCACUUUUACUUCUCAGUCGUCUAUGUUUUCUUGACUCCUCUCUCCUGAUAAUCAUCAGGCCGGUUUUAAAAAUGGUCACUAUGAUUGGGUCUGUCUUUGAACUAGCUUUCAUAAUCAUUGCUGUCAUCCUUGUACUGAUAAGAGCAAUUCAAUAUGUGUGUGUGUGUGAUUGUGCUGGUUUGGAGGUUGCAUUUCCUACUCUGACAGUGGUUUCCAUGGCUACAUGCUUGCUGCACACCAUCACAGUUUUUCUUCACUGUGGACCAAGCCAUGAGCUAAGGAAGUAUUGGCUGUACAGCCUCAUAAUUGUGGACCUACUAAAUACCUGCAUUACUACGGCUGCAAUAUUUGUUGGACUGUGGUGCUUUCAAGAGCAGUGGCUACUAAUAUUAAAGGGAGUUUAUGUUAUUUGGGAGAUCAUGUUGUACAUCAGCUCACUUUGCUGUGUCCAGAUGGAAAAACGCCAGAUAAGACAAAACAGAGAAAUUCAGAGUCAGAUUCAGGGGGGAAAAAUAUCCCCAUGGAUCAUUAUGUUUAUCAUCUUUUCCAUACUUAAUGUAAUGUUUACAAUUGCACUUAUUGCAGGAGUUUCUUUGGAAAGAAUGAUAACGUGUUGAUCGAAACACUUAUUUAUGUUUGCAUAAUGAAAGCAUUCUAUGGGAAUUAAAUUCUGUAGAUUUGUUUUUGUUGUCAAAUGACUUGCAAUUGUUUAUCUGGACCUUUAUUGCCUUUUUCUUAUACAUUACGUUUAUAAAGUACAUUUUAAAAGAUAUUACAAAAAUAUUUUUAAAUUGAUUUCUGUCUUUUCCUGAAAAUCGGUUAUCAAAACUAUACUGUUAUUAAAAACUCUGUAAAUAAUAUUCUUCAUCUUGGUUAAUUUAUUUUUAGGUGUAGGAGUUGGAGUGGGAGAUUUUUGCAGAAAUGAACAUGUCUCAUUUGGCAGUCUAUAUUUUCAUGUCAUUGCAGCCUUUCAGAUGUGGAGAAAUCUAAACUGCAUGCAUCAGUGAUAUUGUAAACAUAAAAUCGUGUAACCACAUAAAAUAAGUUAAUUAAGUGCAUAAAAACUACAAGUUUUACCACUCCAUACAAUUAUUAUUUUUCUGUUAGGUUCUGCAAUGUUUUGGCAUGAACAA